AUGGGUAAUCAGGCCAUGGCAAGUCCCGACCCGACUAUUGCCAGUAAAACAGCUGCGGAGGCCGAGAGAGCUGUUAUUUCUUCCUCAACAGAUCGAGCAUGGUACCAUCAGCCUCAUCUGGUGUACCUGAACUACAUCAUUAUCUCCCUGGUUCUCUUUUCUUCGGCCAAUGGGUACGAUGGAUCUCUCAUGAAUGGCCUGCAAGCCUUGGAUCAGUGGAACCUCUUCAUGGACUAUCCGACCGGCGCCAAACUCGGAUGGAUCAAUGCAAUCAGUCUGCUAGGCUCGGGGGUGGCGUCCCCUGGUGCCGCCUGGGUCGCUAACCGGUUCGGACGCAAGCCCGGAAUCUACGGGGGUUAUAUUUUUUUUGAUACUCGGCUCGGUGCUGCAGACCGCCUCUCCGAACGCGACAGCCUUCUUGCUGGCCCGUCUAUCCCGCAUCCCAGCUACCGUGGCCUCGUGAACUCGCUGUUUAUGACCGGAUGGUAUGUCGGGGGUAGCGUUUCUGGAUGGGUUAUAUUUGCCGUCCGAACAUAUUCCUCCUCGUGGUCUUGGCGCCUUCCAUCGCUGCUGCAGGCUCUUCUCCCAGUUGUUGCCUUGCCAGGGCUCCUCCUCGCUCCAGAGAGUCCUCGAUGGCUCAUAUCGCAGGGUCGCGAGGACGAGGCGUACGCCAUUCUGAUGCGGUACCAUGCAGCUGGCCGUCGCUCAUCCUUGGUCGAUGCCGAAUUCCAGGAGAUCCGCGCGACGAUUCGAGCCGAGCAAGACGCUCACGGGGGCGCGAGUUACGCGGAGAUGUUCAGUACACCAGGAAAUCGUCAUCGACUGAUAAUCUCCCUCAGCUUGGGGUUUUUCGCCCAGUGGGUCGGCAACGGUGUCAUCUCAUACUAUCUCGCUCUUAUCCUAGAUACAGUCGGAGUGACCAGCGUCAGAGAUCAGACACUCAUAUCGGCCUUCCUGCAGAUGUGGAAUCUCCUGUUUGCCGUUGUAGGUUCGCUGCUGAUUGACCGAUUCGGGCGACGUCCACUGUUCCUUUCAUCAGCCAUGAUCAUGCUCGUCAGUUAUGUUCUCGUCACGGCGCUGUCGGGUUCUUUCGCAAUGACUCGUCAUGCAGCUACGGGGGGCGCGGUCAUACCAUUCCUCUUCAUCUUUUUUGCUGGUUAUGGCGUUGCUCUAACUCCAUUGCUCACGGCGUAUCCGUGCGAAAUCUGGUCUUUCCGUCUUCGAUCCCGAGGUCUGGCCGUGACGUGGAUGUCCACUGUCUGUGCCUCGUUUUUCAAUAUUUUCGUCAACCCAAUCGCCCUGGAGGCUAUUGCAUGGAAGUAUUACUUGAUCUUUGUCGCGGUCCUGCUGCUGUUUGGUGUCACCGCGUAUUUUCUGUACCCGGAAACCAAGGGCUACACGCUGGAACAAAUCGCCGUUAUCUUCGAUGGACGGACGAACCCAUUGGAUGAUAUCGAAACAGAACCGAAAUCACUUGAUACCGCUGAGGAUUCAAAGGGCGUUACGUUGGCGAUACACCAAGAGACUACCUAG